GGUUUCUCUCUAGGCACCUCCAAGGCAGUGAUGGCUCUCCAGAAGACCCUUUCAUUGCUUCUGCUCUCGCUGCUGACCCUGCUGGGGCUGCGGCUGGGGCUGGGGCUGGUGCAGCCCUCCUAUGGCCAGGCCACAUACCAACGAUUCCUGCGGCAACAUGUGGACUCUACUUGGCCAGGUGGCAACAACUGGUACUGCAACAAGAUGAUGAAAAGUUGGCGGAUGACCAGGCCUAGGUGCAAGCAAUUCCACACCUUCAUCAACGAAGACAUUGGGACCAUUAAGAACAUCUGCAAUACCACCAAUAUCCAGUGCAGGAAUGGCAGGAUGAACUGCCAUGCAGCUGUAGUAAGAGUCACAGACUGCAGGCUUACAACACGUUCCAAACAAAACUGCAAAUAUCAGGGCAAGAGCAGGUCUAGACGUGUUGGCGUCGCCUGUAAGGGUAACCCCAUGCUGCCUGUGAUGCUUGACACCUAGAUACUACUCUGAAGGGGUUAUGGUCCCAUGGUUGACCUUUUACUUAUUCCUUGAAUUGCAAUGAGUAAUGCAUUUGAGCUAUCUCAGGCUCUGCCUCCUCUGCUUAUUACUCCCUUUUCUCUAUAUAAUCUAUUCUGUUAAAUGCAUCAAAGGGAAAUGGAGACAUAAACC